GCACUUCUGCCAGUUCCAGAGGGGCAGCCAUGGGCAAGCACAGCAGCAAGCUGGCCCCGGAGAUGCUGGAUGACCUGGUGAGGAGCACGGAGUUCAGCGAGCAGGAGCUGAAGCAGUGGUACAAGGGCUUCCUCAAGGACUGCCCCACCGGCAUCCUCAACCUGGAGGAGUUCCAGCAGCUCUACAUCAAGUUUUUCCCCUACGGAGACGCCUCCAAGUUUGCCCAGCACGCUUUCCGCACCUUCGACAAGAACGGGGACGGCACCAUCGACUUCAGGGAGUUCAUCUGUGCCCUGUCUGUCACCUCCAGGGGCACCUUUGAGCAGAAACUCAACUGGGCCUUCGAGAUGUACGACCUGGACGGGGACGGGAAGAUCACGCGCCUGGAGAUGCUGGAGAUCAUUGAGGCCAUUUACAAGAUGGUGGGGACUGUGAUCAUGAUGAGGAUGAACCAAGACGGGCUGACGCCCCAGCAGCGAGUGGACAAGAUCUUCACAAAGAUGGACAAGGACAAGGAUGACCAGAUCUCCCUGGAGGAGUUCAAGGAGGCGGCCAAGAGCGACCCCUCCAUCGUCCUGCUCCUGCAGUGUGACAUGCAGAAAUAGAGCCCUGGCACCCAGGGCUGGACUGGCUGGAGCCAAACUCUGCCCCCUGUGAUGGUUCCAAUCCCUGUUUUCCCCACAUUUGGCCCCAGGCAUGAGGCACAUUCCGCCCCUCCUGCUGCCCCUUCUGGGCAGCCCAAAUUCCACACCCUCCCAGGGCUGCUCCGAGCGUCACCAGCCCUCUGCCCCCCUGGAGCUGGACACCCUGCAGCCACUGCUGUGUCCUGCCUGACCAGGGCCAGCUGUCCCCACAUCCCUCUGGCUUUCACCCUGCUUUCCCCCACCUGAUCCUAACCCAGACCAACUCUGUCCCCUUUCUGAUGUUUUUCAUGGCUUGUGAUGUCUCCAGGGAGGCUGAAAUGUCCCAAGUCCUGCUCCUGGUCCCCCCUUCACUGGAAAUUCCCUGGAAGGCUGCUCUGAGAGGCCAGGGCAGGGUCUUGCACCAGUUUUAGCUCUUCCACCUCUGUUUUUCCUGCUGGGAGCAGCCAGGGUUGCUCAGGAUGCUUUAGCAGAGAACAGAAGUGUCCAAAGCCAGCCCUGGACGUGGCCAGUGUCCCAUCCUAGAUGCCACCUUCCAUCCCAUCAGCUGGGUGACAUCCACAGCUGCCCUGGCUGCUCUGUGGCAUUUCUGACCCGCCCCAAUAUUGAGGAGACCCCAAACUGGAGGCAGGGUCAGGAGUGUGGGUGUGGAAGGCAGCUCCUGCUGCUGCUCCUGGCUGUGGGGACAGCAGGGAGCUGGAUUUGGGCUGUGGGGAGGUGUCCUGUACCUGCUGAGCCUCCUGGCAAAGCUCUGAGGCCACAAGAAUCAAAUCUGUCACCUUUCUCCCCGCUCCCAGCCUGCUGCACCUGCCCCUCCUGCCCCAGGUUGGUGUUCAGUCUGCACGUUGUGGUGUUGGUGGCUGUGGUGUCUGUUAGGAGAUGGUGAAGUCCUUUCCUAUUUUUUUAAUGGAAAAAUAAACUGUCCCCUGUGUGUGGUGUC